GGAAAAAAGUGGGCGACGGCCUCCUGUGGACGCUCUGGCCGCCCCCUGCGCUCUAUGGCCUUUCCUCAGAGCGAAACGGGAACGGCUUCGGCGCCGGCUGGGCCCGUCGCCGAGCGGAGCGAGCAGGACUGAAGGAAUGUGAAGAUGACUACUGUAGCUAUGUACCAGCCUUCCCAUGGGGAUAAGAACAUGUAUUACAUCCUGACUGAAAACCACCCUUAUGGCAGCAAAUUUUUUCCUGCAGGGAGUAUGUGUUACCUGAGCGAACAGUCUUACUUGCGGUGCAUUAGAUUGUCACCCACUCGCUUCUUGAGGGUUGUCAUGGAGCAAGAUGGAUCCGUGGUCACUGUGGAUGCUGAAAUUCUGCAGCCUUUGCCUGACAAGAUGGCUGAUUAUCUUUCAGCCAUCAGCAACAUUCAUGAACGGUUGAACUGUUUUCUGAACAGGCAUGUUCUGGAUGCAGCCAUGAAUGCCAAACAGGGACAGCGAAUCUUUGUGGAACUAGACCAUCAGACUUUCUCUGGUACCAUCUGCUACAUUGGGAAGGUUCAUAGGAGCCCUUUACCAUCUGGGCUCUGCCCAGUUUACUUUGGUGUAGAGCUGCAGGGUGACGGUGAAGGCAAAGGCCACUGCGAUGGUACCUACAAUGGGACAGAAUACUUCAAGUGUAAAAAGGACUGUGGCCUUUUCCUCCCAUGUAACAAACUGCAGUUUGUAUCUGCACCAGAGAUGGGCAUGGCGAAGCAAGAGGCAAAUCCAGACGCAGUUGGGGGCAUCUCCAGUGAAAGUGGGGGAUACCAUCGGCUUCUAUUGGAUGAUGCCUUCAUGCGAGGGAAUAGCAAUGGAUGUAUUCAAGGAGGAAAACACCUGGAUGGUUAA